AUGUCUUCUCUGGAACCUUUUGUAAAUUCAAUAAAGCCGGCACUGGACAUGUUUUUGCUACCCAGCAAAGAAACUUUACAGAAAUUGCAAAAUGAAUUGGUACAAUUCAAUUGGAUGCAAAUUAAUAUAUUCAAUGUACAUAUUCUAGUUCCUUUGGUCCUAAAGCUGGAUGAGUUGAGCAAUGCUAAUGAAGACUUAAGAACUGGUUGCUUAGACUGCAUGACAUUGGUAACUUCCAAAAUUUAUUUAAAGGAAUUAACCGCAUUGCGAACAAUGCUUGUAGUCAUUGUGAAACAAAUUCGUGAAAUGGAUAAAGCUAUAAUGAGACCAAACGUUUCGGAAGAUAUUAAAUUGGCGGCUGUAAAAUGUAUGUCUGAAUGUUUACGUCGUUCCACAACAGAUGUGUUGGAACAGUUCUAUUGCAAAGACUCCUCCAUGAUUCUGGGGCAAAUUCUGUUAACAUUAGUAGAUCUUGUUGAACAUGAAAAGUACAAGAAACUUGUCAUUGCGUCAUUGGAAUGCCUGAUGAUUGUGUUUUAUGUACACGAUGAAGCAGAUCGCAUGGAUGUUGUUUUACGUAACCAAGUGGCCAACGUACUGUUUAUAUUUCUACCCAAAAUUGUCACUAUUCUAUAUAAAUCUGCACUAUCUGACGACAAAAUUGGAGAGACAAUAAAAAUUAAUGCCAUUAAAGCUUUGGGCAGAAUACUUUGUGUCAUCUAUGAAGAAACAAUGGAAGAUGUAAUAAAUGCAAAAUAUGAUGCAGAUGCUUUUAAAAAGCUUAUAUCGAGCUAUCAUGCAUAUUCCAGUGAUUCCAUAAACAACGAUGAUGACAUUUUGGCCAUAAAAAAGAACCGUGAGCAAUUGGAAGAGCGUAUGAACAAAAUGCAAACCGAAGGAAGAACAGCAGAAUGGAUACAGGCAUCAUCGAAAAAAUUACGUACCAUAUUUACAGAAACCAAUAUCUUAAGAUCGCACACAUCGACUAAAAUACGUAUGGAAUAUGCACAGAUGUGUUGUCUACUGAUUCAGAACUGUGCUUAUAACAAUCUCAAAGAAAAUUUUAUUUUUAUGCUCGAAAAUGUGGUAGCCUUUACAGAAGAUGAUGAUGUUCAUAUAAGAAAACUUUGCGUGAAUUGUAUUGAUCAAAUGCAGAUGUUAUAUAUAAAUGGCGGCAUUUUUGAUGAAAACUCGGAACUACUUUUCGAUGAACAUUUGGCAAAAUUACCACGAAUUAUACAAAGGGGCGAUGAUUCGGAGCAGUACACCGAAUUUAUGUUCUUAAAAGCCUUUCUUAAGUCAGUGAGUGCAAACAAAUUGCAAUUUCUUCUAUCCAUUCCGAAAAAUUUGGAAAUGUUUUGUAUGUGUUUGUUGUCGGCUGUGGAAUUAAAUAUUUCAUUUAAUUUUCUCGUCGAAGAGUAUUCUUUACGUAAUAUAGACAUAGAUGGUGAUUAUAUGGAAGCGUGUAAAUUGCCUUGGCGUAAUUUCAAAAAUAUGAACUCUGAAAGAUGUGCAAAAUGUUUACAGGACAUUUGUUGCAUUGUGGGUCGUAUCGUCAUUUUAAAUCGCAUUGUGACAGACCACCUUAUGGAUUUGUUAAAUCAACAAAAUCCAGCUAUAAAUGAAAUCUUUCUUAUAUUGUUGUGGUUAUCGACGGCCAAGGAAAAAGACAAAAACUUUCAGUAUAGCGAUUUAGAUUUUGUUAAAAAGUUAUUGGAAGAGGUGUUAAAUGAUAAACAUUGGCAUCUGUCUCUGGAACCAGAUAAUGUAACGAAAAUAAAAAGUAAUAAGUAUGUAGAUUGGUUUGUUGAUCGAACCCCUGGACUUUAUGAAUCUGCAGUGGAAAUUCGAACUCAAGAUUGUGAUUCUGAUGAUGAGACUGAGGAUUUAUGUGACAAUAAUGUUACAAUUGCUGACGCCGAAUUCAAUGUUUUGCAUACAUGCAUCACUAUGGAUUGUUUGGGACAUUGCGCAUUGUAUAUAGGUGAAAGGUUUGAUAGUUAUGUAUUUCAAGCGUUGCAUAAGGUGCUAUUGAAAAUUGCCCAUAGCAAUACACUAGUUUACAAAGCUGCAACAUUCGCACUUGUUUCCAUGCAAAAAGCCCUUCGUUUUAAAACAGCCACGCAAUUGGUAGAGAGCCAUGCGGACUAUAUAGCCUACCAUUUAAACACAUUGUUGAAAAGAACACCUGAUAGCAAAUCGGCUGUUGAUAUACUUAGCGUCCUUCUGCAGUUUUCAUCCCGAAGUACGUUGCCUCACAUGGAAACGAUAUUUCAAACAAUAUACAAUGAAUGUUCCAAGGCUCACCAAACACGGAAUAUAAUCUCUUAUCUUAAGGUGUUCAAUGCUUUUUUAAGGCACAUAGAAAAAUGGUUGGAGACUUGCAAUCAAGAGCUGGAGGGUGCAAAUGCAAUGCAAACCGAUGAAAUCAAGUCUGAAGAGAAUAAUUUACUAUCUACAUGGUUGCAGUUACUAGACGACCCAUCAUUUUCUGACGACAUAAUUUCCCAUAAAGAUGAGAAACAAGCCAAUGAAAAUUUAAUACAGCAAGAACAAAAACAUCCAAAUGAAACAUAUGACCAAGAAAGCAUUGAAAAAUGUUUACCACGCCAUAUAGAUAUAAUUAAAACGAUAUUGGAACAAGUUGUAAAAUUUAUUAAUUCAUCUGACCAACGUCUACAAAUUCUGUCAUUGGAAUGUUUGGCAUGUGGUCUGCCUUUAUUGACAAGCUAUGAAAAUGUUUUACUUCCUUUGGUGCAUUUGAUUUGGUCACCAUUGGUUGAGAAAUUUCGCCAAAGAAAUGCCCUGGUAUUAAAUCGUUGUUUUGCAUUACUAGAAAUACUGGCUAAAUGUGCCAAGGAUUUUAUUACAAAAAGAAGUUUGGACGAUGUCAUACCUUUUCUUAAGUCGUUUCUUCAAAAGGCUGCUCAAUAUUCAAGCAAGGAGAAAAUAACAGCACAAACACAAGAAUACAAAUUGCAGCUUAAACUCCUGGAAGCAUUCCCAAAUCUUAUUGUAUGUCUAGAUUUGGAUGGAAAACAUCUUAAUGAUAUCCUAGAAAUUGUGUCAUUGUAUUUAUCCAACGAUCAGCCUAAAGAACUUCAAAGGCAUGCUGUAUCCUUUUUCAAAACACUUCAUUUAUACAAUGGUCCCAUGGUGUAUUUGAUAAUAAUUAAAAAAUCACAUUUAAAAUUAUAUGAAGAUAAUGUAAAAAAUAUUCUUUUAACAUUUGGUAUAAAAUAAAAUUAACAAGUAAAAAACAUUAA